AUGCCCACACAAGCCAUCAUUUCUCCCUCGCUCGAGGUCGUUCAUUUCAUCGAUACACCUAUCCCAACUCCAGCAGAGCAAGAACUCGUCAUCAAGGUAAUUGUGAGCGGGAGCAAUCCCAAAGACUGGAAGUACCCGCUCUGGAAGAACAAAGCCUUCAACAGCGGCGACAACAUCGCCGGUGUCGUGCACUCGAUUGGGUCCAAGGUGUAUGAAUUCAAACCUGGCGAUCGUGUGGCAGCCUACCACGAGCCCCAGAAAGAUAACGGAAGCUUUGCAGAGUAUGCUGUUGCGUACGAUUGGGUCUCGUUCCACAUCCCAAACGAUGUGUCGUUUGAAGAGGCUGCGACGAUGCCCGUUGCAGCUAUUACAGCCGGACUUGGAAUCUGGGCAGAUCUCGACAUAUCCCCACCCUGGCAUAUCAAUGCAUCUGCGAAUGCCCAGAAGCCGCUGGUGAUCUACGGCAUCACCUCCGCGGUUGGGGCUUUCGCUGCCAAGAUGGCAAGGCUGUCAGGGGUAAAGCGUAUCAUCGGCAUCGCCGGGCGGAAUGCCGAAUUCGCAGGCACACUGGCCGACUUUGUUGUGGAUUAUCGGCUGGGCGAAGACGCUUUGGUCGAUCGCAUUGAAGAAAUCCUGACCACGGAAGGAUUUGGCUCUAAAGCACCUCUUGUAUUCGACGCAAUAAGCGAAGGAGGAACGGUAGAGACGGCACUUCGUUUCGUCAAUCAUAGCGGAGGAGUAGUGAGUACGGUACUACCACCGACACUGUUCGCCCAGGAUCCCAAGUCCUUCGAGUAUCCCACUAGUGUGACAGCCAUCAACACAGCAUCGCCUUUCGUGCUUUGGCAUAGGAAAGACUUCGGGUAUGUCUUGUGCCGCAACUUUGGAAGAUUGUUGGCAGACGGACGGUUGAAUGCGCAUCCUUUCGAGAUCAUUCCCGGGGGCUUACACGGAGUGUUGGAGGGGUUGAGAGAACUCAAGAGAGGUGAAAACAGUGGACUGAAGUAUGUGUUCCGCAUUGAAGAGACAGGGCCAGUGCAGUACUCCGAGCCACCGCAACUUAGUGCAAGCACGCAUAGGCUACGCAACUUCCCCUUUCCAGCAUGA